AUGAGCUCCGACUGGCAGAAGUUGGCGGACCUUUGGUACCGCAAGCCGGAGAUCUACCCGGCGCAGUGGUCCGACGACCCCGACCGCCUACACCUCUGCGUGGUGGCCGGCGCUCCCUUCGGCGGGCCGGUCGCCACCGUGCGGGAUGAGCACGUCUUCCAAGCGGUGAAGGGCAGCCUGCAGCCCCAGCUCCAGACCUGGACGGCGGCCGGGCGCUUGAUCCAAUCCAUGGCCUGGGCGCACACAGGCCUGCUGACCAUGGGCUGGAGCGCGGAGGAAUCCUUAGUAUGUGUCUUCGAGUCUGGUCUCAUCAGGACGUUCACCGUGAUGUGCGAGCCCCUGCACGUCUUCACCGUGGACGAGCGCAUCAAGGCUGAGGGGGGCGCCAUCAUGGCGUCGCUGUGGCCCCAGGGCGUGGCGCUGCUCACCCGGAAGCUCAGCCUCUUCGUGAACACUUCCCUGACGCGGUCGGAGGAUGCCUGCGCACGUUUCGCGGACCUCAAGACCCUCAGCGCGCCGCUGUGCAUCUGCGCCCUUCCGGGGACGGAGUCUCCGGAGGAUGUGCAGGUGAUUGUGGGCACUGCCGAGGGGCCAGUUCUCAUGGUGGACAGGCAUAGCGUGAGAGACAUUGGCCUCACUGACGGGCCGUUUAUGGCCUUCGCGUUGUCAAGCAGCGGCCGGCUCCUGGCGUGUCUCAGCACCAAGGGCGUCUUCAAGGUCCUGGCGGUGAGCGAUGAGCUCAAGAUCCUGGAUGUCGCCCACAUCGAGCGCAUCAAGAAGCCCAAGCAGAUGGUGUGGUGUGGGGACGACUGCAUCGCGCUGUACCUGAUUGCCCCCAGCUCCAACAACAGCGUUCAGCACGUGCUCUUCGUGGGCGGCCCACAGAACGACUGGAUCCCGUACCAGUACGACACGGCCGUGCACCUGGUCUCCGAAUGCGACGGCUGCAGAGUCAUGGGCACCCAGAAGAUCGAGUUCGUGCAACGGGUGCCUCAGAGUGUGGAGGCCAUCUUCAGCAUCGGCAGCUUCGACCCGCCGGCCAUGCUGUGCUACGCGCUGGAGCGCUACGAGAAGGGCGACGUCUGUGCGCAGGAUUGCCUUGCGCGUGCCGGGCGCGGGGGGGUGGGAAGGAAGCAACGCUGGUUUCGGUGCUCCCAGACGCUCUGA